AUGUUGGAUACUCCUAAAAACGACACUCUGGAUUAUUUGGAGUUCAAAGCUGAAAUAGCAAAUUCUUUGCUCUAUUUCACUCCAGCAAGACAGCAAGUACACCUGUACGAGGAAGUUGAUGAUGUGCCAUCAGAAGCUAGUCAAACUAGCCGCAAGAGGAAAUAUGUUCCUCAACCCCCAUUGCUGCUGAGAACAGCCAUGGCAGAUCAUUUACCAAUUAUUGAUAACGAGUCAGGUGAUCACAGAUGCCGCUUGCCUGGUUGCAAGAGCAAGAAAGCAAGGUUAUACUGCUCAACUUGCGACAUGCAUCUAUGUUUAGUCGCAGGGCGGAAUUGUUACAAACAAUAUCACGAACAAAAUUAA